AUGGUUUGGGAACAAGAGUGCUUGGUUAUUGUUAUGCUUACUAAUACUGUGGAAGCUGGCAAGGCGCUGUGUACAAAAUACUGGCCAGACCUCGGAAAACGUUGCACAUAUGAUGGUUACUGUGUCGAAACUGUAGAAGAGGUGGAUUACGGCUCAUACAUAGUAAGGACAAUCAACAUUGAAGAAAUCAACAAUCAAUAUACAACGGUAUUGCGAAAGUUACAGCAUUUUCAGUACACAGAAUGGUCGGGUGAUGAUGUGGCUUUGUUCACAUCAAGUUUCAUUCAAAUGCAAAGGAGAGUUAACGCUGCUUGGUCGAGUCUUUUUGAUGGGAAACUUUUUCCCAUGGUGGUGCAUGGCAG